AUGUCCAUUCCAACUCUAUACUAUUUUGACGGUCGUGCUCGUGGAGAGUGCUCUAGAUUGUUAUAUGUCUAUUCUGGCAAGCAAUUCAAUGAUGCUCGUCAACCAUGGCCUAUUAAGGAUGACAUGAAGACAUUGGCCACAUUCGGUCAGUUGCCAUACUUGGAGGACGGCGAUGUCCAUCUGGCUCAAACCGUUGCCAUCGAGUACUACAUCGCUGAGCAAUGCAACCUGUUGGGAAGCACACCCGCCGAGCGCGCUCAGGUCCUCCAGUUUGCAUGCCUGCCCGCCGACCUCUACAACCCCUACUUCCUGUGCUACCUCAACAAGGAUGAGGUCAACAUGGCCAAGUUCAGAACUGAGAAGGCACCAUUCGUUCUCAAGAAGUUGGAGGCUGCUGUGAUCAAGGCUGGUGGCGAGCAUCUGGUCGGAAAGACAAUCACCUGGGCCGAUAUCACCAUCUUCAACGUCCUGGACUUCUUCUACCAACAGCCAUACAACCUGAUUGAGGUUCUCCAGCCAUUCCCCGCUUUGAUUGAGUUCCACAAGAAGAUCGGUGCCAUCCCACAGAUUGCAGAGUACUUGAAGAAUAGACCAAAGUCAAUAUUCUAA